UCGUUUUUACAAUAUUUCAUGCUUCUUGCAGUGGAUUUGAUAAUUUGUCCGAUCUAUUUCAUUUUUAUGUGUAUGAAUAAUUAGUAAAAUAGUGGAUAAUAGUUAAGUAAAUGUGACGUCAUUAAAUGGGGUUUAUUACAAACUACACACCGCAUCAGAUUUUUCUAUUAUCUCUCCUUAUUCCAUAUCCCACUAAACAACACUUUAUUUGGCCUCUUCACUGGUGUUUACUGGCGGACAUUUGCAAUCACACGUGGAUCCCUGAAUGUGGGGCUGAGGAUGAAGAGCCCACCAGACGGAGGUUAUUCACGGAUGAGUGUGAUAUGUAUGAGUAUAACUGUGAUUACGAAAGAGAUUUCGAACCAAUAAACUAUUCCGAUUGCUUCAACAUUCGGGUAACGUGUCCCAUACCUGAACCUUGCCCAUCGAUACCACCGUGCCCCAAUCACAGACUGCAUAAAGUGGGCAACAAAUACAAAUAUGUUAAAGCACCGUUCAGAAGAGCAGAGCGUCGAAUUCGAACAACAAAUAUGCCCUUACCAAGGCACAUGCUUCAUGGAAAAAGACGAUACACACCAACAAGACACACACACACACCGACAAAACCAAAAACAGCGAAAAAGACAGUAUCCAAAACCAAAGCUUCCUUCACAACGGUUAUUUUGAAAAAGGAAGAGGUUAUUAAAAAUGGCCGACGUAUGAUGAAGAUCGUGAAACAGGUCAUAAAAAAGAUGACACUUAAGAAAGUAACCCAGGAGUAUACAAAGGACUCAGAUUUUCUGGAGUAAAGUGAUACUAAGUAAUAUUUGCAUUUUAUUGCCUCUGUGGCAAUAUUCGGUUAUACUUGUGGCGCGUGUAAAAUAUCUUCGAUAACAGUUUA